AUGGUGGAGGAGGAGGCAAAAAGAAGGGUAAAUCCGGUUCAUUCAUGACCGUUUCCAUGCUAUAUCGUGAAUCACUGAAUAAUUUAAUGACAAUGUUGAAUAUGACUCAUCCACAUUUCAUUCGUUGUAUUAUACCAAAUGAGAAGAAACAAUCCGGUUUAUUGGAUGCUGCAUUGGUAUUAAAUCAGCUAACAUGCAACGGUGUGCUGGAAGGUAUUCGUAUUUGUCGUAAAGGUUUCCCGAACAGAAUGGUACAUAAAGAUUUCAAGCAACGUUACUCAUUGCUUGCCGCGGAUGAAUCAGUGAGUACCACGGAUAUAAAGAAAUGUGCGGAAACAAUGUUGGGCAGAUUAGUAAAGGAUAAUAUUUUAACAGAUGAAAACUUCCGAAUUGGUCAAACGAAAGUUUUCUUCAAAGCUGGCGUAUUAGCGCAUUUGGAAGAUGUUCGUGAUGAGGCACUAAAAACGCUUCUGACAAAAUUGCAAUCACAAAUUAAAUGGUACUUGGGUUUAACUGAUAAAAAACGACGUAUUCAACAGAAAGCCGGUUUACUUAUCGUACAACGAAAUGUUCGUGCAUGGUGCUCAUUGCGAACAUGGAAUUGGUUUAAAUUGUAUACCAAAGUUCGACCAAUGUUAAAGGAAGGAAAGGUAGCAGAAGAGAUGGAAAAAUUACAGGAAAAAUUAAAAUCACUUGAGGAAACACUACAAAAAGAGGAAAGUUUGCGGAAAAGUUUGGAUGAUACGGCCAAAAAAAUGGAAACUGAAAAAGCAGAAUUAUUUGAAAAAUUGGAAGCUGUUAAAAAUAAUCUUACCAAAUCGGAGGGAAAUCUUUCACAAAUGGAAACCGCAAAAACGGAUGCUGAUAGAAAACUUGAGGAACUAAAUGAGCAGCUUGCUGAUGUUGAGGAUCAAAAUACGGAAAUUCAACGAUCCAAAAAGAAAGUGGAAGGUGAAAUUGAUGCAUUGAAGAAGCAAAUUCAGGAUUUGGAAAUGAGUGUGCGUAAGGCAGAAAUGGAAAGGCAAUCAAAGGAUCAUCAAAUUCGAUCACUGCAAGAUGAACUUCAGCAACAAUCGGAAUCUGUUGCAAAAUUAAACAAGGAAAUUAAACAUCAGGAAGAGAUGAAUAAGAAAAUAACAGAAGAUUUACAAGGUGAGGAGGAUAAAACAAAUCAUGCAAACAAGCUCAAAAGUAAGUUGGAGCAAACAUUGAAUGAUUUGGAAGAUAAUUUGGAACGUGAACGACGUGCAAAAGCUGAUAGUGAAAAAUCGAAGAGGAAACUUGAAGGUGAACUAAAAAUUGCAUUAGAAACGAUCGAAGAAGCAACACGUCAACGACGUGAUUUAGAAAAUAAUAUGAAACGAAAGGAAACUGAAUUGAAUACAUUAAGUAGCCGAUUAGAAGAUGAACAAUCAACAAUUAGUAAGUUGCAACGACAAAUUAAAGAAUUACAAAGCCGCGCAGCGGAACUGGAAGAUGAAGUGCAUAAUGAGCGACAAUCACGAUCUAAAACUGAUAAAGCACGUUCUGAUAUUCAACACGAAUUAGAGGAUUUAAAUGAUCGUUUAGACGAGCAAGGUGGUGCAACAGCAGCGCAAAUAGAAAUUAAUAAGAAACGUGAAGCUGAACUAGCUAAACUUCGUCGUGAUAUCGAAGAAGCUAAUAUGAAUCAUGAAAGUCAAUUAGCUGCGCUACGUAAAAAGCAUACCGAUGCAGUUGCUGAAUUAACUGAUCAAUUAGAUCAAAUUCAAAAGCAAAAGCAAAAAUUGGAAAAGGAUAAAUCACAAUAUGUGAGAAAUGCCGAUGAUUUAGCUGCUCAGUUGGAUAGUGAAAGUGCUGCUAAAGUUAGCAAUGAAAAAUUAGUGAAGCAAUUCGAAUUACAAUUAAACGAUUUGCAAGCUCGAGCAGAUGAGCAAGCACGUCAAUUACACGAUUACAGUUCAAUUCGUAAUCGUCUUGGAAAUGAGAAUAGCGAUAUGAUACGACAACUGGAAGAUGCGGAAGAGCAAGUUGCAACAUUACAACGAUUUAAAGCCCAAUUAAUGUCACAAAUUGAAGAUGUUCGUUCAGCUGCUGAUGAAGAAGUACGUGAACGACAAGCGCUUGCGGCGCAAGUGAAAGUUUUACAAGUGGAAGCGGAACAAGCACAUAAUAAUUUGGAGGAAGAGAUUGAAUCGAAGAAUGAAGUAGCACGACAAUUGAGUAAAGCAAAUGGUGAAAUUCAACAAUGGCAGUCACGUUUCGAACAAGAUGGCAUGAUUCAAGCUACGGAAAUUGAAGAAAUUCGUCGUAAGCAAGGUGUUAAAAUUAGUGAAUUACAAGAAGCACUUGAACAUGCUAAUCAGAAGAUUAUAUCAUUGGAAAAAGCACGAUCACGCCUUCUUGGUGAUCUUGAUGAUGCGCAAGUUGACGUGGAACGUGCAAAUGCUGUAGCAAGUCAACUGGAGAAGAAGCAAAAAGGCUUUGAUGCACUUGUUGAUGAGUGGAAAAAGAAAGCUGAUGAUAUGGCAGCAGAACUUGAUGCUGUUCAACGUGAAGUACAUAGUUUAUCGACGGAUUUGUUCAAAAUGAAAACAACCUAUGAAGAGCAUUCUGAAACAGUUGAAGGACUUCGUCAUGAAAAUAAAGCUUUAAGUAAUGAAAUUAGAGAUCUCACUGAUCAGCUUAGUGAAGGUGGACGCUCUCAACAUGAAAUGCAAAAAAUGAUCCGACGAUUGGAAAUUGAAAAAGAGGAAUUACAACAUGCACUCGAUGAAGCAGAAGGAGCAUUAGAAGCAGAAGAAAGUAAAGUAAUGCGAGCGCAGGUGGAAGUAUCACAGAUACGUUCUGAAAUUGAAAAAAGAAUACAGGAGAAAGAAGAAGAUUUUGAAAAUACACGACGAAAUCAUCAACGUGCAUUGGAAUCGAUGCAAGCAUCAUUGGAAGCAGAAUCAAAAAGUAAAAAUGAACUUCUACGUGUUAAGAAAAAGCUUGAAUCAGAUAUUAAUGAGAUUGAAAUUGCACUCGAUCAUGCUAAUAAAGGAAAUGCCGAUGCGCAGAAAAAUUUGAAACGAUGCACGGAGCAAAUUCGUGAAAUUCAAUUACAGAUCGAAGAAGAGCAACGACAACGUGAUGAAAUGAAACAACAUUAUUACACUGCUGAAAAACGUGUGCAAAUUUUGGAAGCUGAAAAAGAUGAAAUUAGCCAAGCAUUGGAACAAGCGGAACGAGCCCGAAAACAAGCGGAAUUGGAAGCGAAUGAAAGUCGUGAUCAAGCUAAUGAAUUAAAUAUGCAAGCCAUUCAUGCAGACAUGGAUGAAACAUUGAACGAAUUUCGUGCUUCGGAAGAACGAAGUAAGCGAGCAAUCGCUGAUGUUGAAAGGCUUGCUGAAGAAUACCGGCAAGAACAAGAACACGAAGCCGAGCAAGCAGCACUGAAAGGAGGCAAAAAAGUGAUUACCAAACUGGAACAACGCAUUCAUGAUCUCGAAGCUGAACUUGACGGUGAACAACAUCGUUAUCAGGAAGCCAGUAAAAAUGUUGCAAAAUCCGAGAGGCGAGUACGCGAAUUACAAUUUCAAGUGGACGAGGAUAAGAAAAAUUACGAACGCUUGCAGGAUCUCGUCGAUAAACUUCAAAGCAAAAUUAAAACACAAAAGAAGCAAUUAGAAGAUGCUGAAGAGUUAGCAAAUCUAAAUUUGCAAAAAUAUCGACAAAUUCAGCAUCAACUGGAAGAUGCCGAAGAGCGUGCUGACAAUGCCGAAAAUUCCGUCACAAAAAUGCGUUCAAUGAGCCGAACAGCAAUGUCGGUUGGACCGGGUGUUGGAUUACAGGGAGCUCGUUCCGCUACCGUACUUCGUUCAUCAUCUCGUAAUCGAAUUUCCGACUAUUAA